AUGUUACGAAGACUGUUGUUCUGUCCCUUACUUGCAAGAAAAAUGUCAGACUCCCUUUGGCGCCCAGAGGCUGCGGUGCCUUCCAAAGUAAAAGAACUCUUAACCAAGAAGAGCCCAAUUAAUUGCAUGUUGGCGUUUAUGCAGAUUGUACGGUUAUUGAAGACCCAGCCGAGAACCGGUUGGAUCGACAGAGGCAUUCCUCUCAUAGAAACGGAGUCCAUCGCAGACCACAUGUAUCGUAUGUCUAUUAUCGCAAUGGCAGUGCCGUCAACAAAGGUGAAUAUCGACAAGUGUGUCAAAAUCGCUUUAGUACAUGAUAUUGCAGAAGCUCUUGUGGGCGAUAUCACACCUUUUGGAGGAGUUACCAAAGAAGAGAAGCACAGACGUGAGUUUGAAACUAUCGAGUACUUGGAGCUGUUGGUCGAGGGAUACAACAGUCGUUUCGCCCAAGAGAUGAAAGAAUUGUGGCUUGAUUACGAGGAGAUUCGUUGUUUAGAAGCUCGCUACGUCAAGGACAUUGACAAACUUGAGAUGAUCCAGCAAGCUUGGGAUUACGAGCAGGAACACGGCUUGAAGUACGAUUUAUCCGAGUUCUAUGAGUCCCGUCUGGCCAUCAAAACACAAGAGAUUGGCGAUUUAUGUGAUGAGCUCAUCAGACAACGUCAAGAAUACAUUCGCACAUUGAAAGCUGCUGUUCAAGCUUAA